AUGACCGCUAAACGACCCAACUUCCUCGUCAUCGUCGCCGACGACUUGGGUUUCUCCGAUGUAGGCUGCUUCGGCGGAGAAAUCCACACGCCAAACAUCGAUAAAAUCGCCCAAGAGGGACUCCGAUUUACUGAUUUCCACGCAGCGGCAGCAUGUUCCCCCACCCGUGCCAUGAUCAUGACAGGAACGGACCACCACAUCGCCGGUCUCGGCAACCUAAUCGAAUGGACCAACAUCUCCGGCCAGAACGGUCCCAAGGGCUCCGCCAUGAGCACAGCGCCCCAACGCGGCAUGCCCGGCUACGAAGGCUUCCUCAACGAGCGGGUCGUAGCACUGCCCGAAAUCCUACGCGACGGCGGAUAUCACACCAUAAUGUCGGGCAAGUGGCACUUAGGUCUAACCCCCGAGCGAUCCCCGCAGAAGCGUGGCUUUGAGCGCUCAUUCGCCCAUCUACCUGCCUGCUCCAACCACUACGCCUACGAGCCAGAGCUGAAAGACAAAGACCAGAUCCCUACUUUCAUCGAGGCGAGCUAUAUCGCCCUGCACAUGGAAGACGGAGAGUAUGUGCGCAAGCUCCCCGAGGGAUGGUAUUCAUCUGAUGGCUACGGGGAUAAGAUGGUCGAGUACCUGAAAGGAUGGAAAGAGUCCGGCGGUAGCGAGAUCCGUCCGUUCUUCGGGUAUCUCCCGUUCACGGCGCCACACUGGCCGCUACAGGCUCCGCGCGAGUACAUAGACCAUUACCGCGGCGUCUACGACGAUGGGCCUGACGCGCUGCGCCAGAAACGACUGCAGCGGUUGAAGGAGCUGGGCAUGGUGCGCGAGGAUGUCGAGGCACACCCUGUGCAGGCGGAGGAGGUCAAGCCGUGGGAGGAAUUCAGCGCAGAGGAGAAGAAGAAGUCUUCAGUGGCGAUGGAGGUCUUCGCUGGUAUGGUUGAGUGCAUUGAUGCGAAUGUCGGGAAGGUAGUUGAAUACCUACGCUCUAUCGACGAGCUGGAUAAUACGUUUGUCUGCUUCAUGUCCGAUAAUGGCGCCGAAGGCGCUGCCUACGAAGCUUACCCAAUGGUGCAAAACGGCGUUAUGCCCCAUCUACAGAAGUACUACGAUAACAGCCUCGACAACCUUGGAAACGGAAACUCCUUCAUCUGGUAUGGACCCCGCUGGGCGCAGGCUGCCACUGCGCCUUCACGUCUGUACAAGGCGUAUACGACCGAAGGCGGCGUCCGCGUCCCCUUCACCUGUCGCUUCCCUGCCAACUUCGAUCUCCGUCCGGCGGGAGUUACAAACGGCAUUACAGACCAGUUCGCUACCGUCAUGGAUCUAGCCCCGACAAUACUGAACAUGGCACGACUAGAGCAUCCGGCGCCGCGAUACCGAGGCCGCGAGGUCGUCGAGAUGCGCGGACGCAGUUUCCAUCCCUGGGCGGUUGGUAGAGCGGAGAGAAUCCAUCCGGUGGAUUUCAUCCAGGGAUGGGAGACGUGUGGAAGAGCUGCGCUGCGCUGUGCGGACUGGAAGAUUGUUUUCAUUCCUAAGCCGAAGGGGCCGGAGAAGUGGCAGUUGUAUAAUCUUGUGCAAGAUCCCGGGGAAAUUCAUGAUCUGGCAGAUAAGGAGCCGGAGAAGAUGAAGCAGUUGCUUAAGCUUUGGGAUCAGUAUGUGCUUGAGACGGGGGUUGUGCCGCUUUGUCCGGAUUUGGGGGAGUUUUUGGAGGCGACGGAGGCGCAGAUGCCGGAGAAUGCUUGGAUGGAGUUUGAUUAUUGGAAGGAGGGGGCGAGGGAUAGGCCGGGGGAGUUUACGAGGAGGCCGCCUAGGUUUCAGAGGACUGUGAGGCCUUUUUAG